AUGGAGGAGACGCAGGACGUGCGCGGCCUUGGCCUCUCACCGGGGUUCAAGUUCGACCCUGACGACGACGAGCUGGUGGAGCUGUACCUGCUGCGUCGGAUCCUUCGCCAGCCGCUCCCCUUAGAGCGCGUGAUCUGCGAGGAGGACGAUCUGCUGAGCGCGGCGCCAUGGGACCUCCUCGAAAAACACAAGCGGGAGGGCGACGCCUUCUUCUUCGCCAACGGACACACGAAGCACGACAAAGGAAAUCGGCAGAAGCGAACCUGCGUCGGCGGGUCUUGGGAAGGGCAGAAGCCCCUCGUGGACGGCGAGAGGCUGCGCGUCCCCGGCAUCGGAGGCACGGAUGAGAUCACCUGGAGGAAAUACAUGCUCAACUUCCACCGCAACGGCGAGAAAGGUAGCACUGGAUGGGUCAUGCACGAGUACUCCAUCACGGCCCCGGACCAUCUCGCCUCGUCGUCGCAGAGGCUGUAUCGUAUCCGGCUCAGUGGACAUGGCAAGAACUCCAGGAGGGAGCGCGGCGACGACGGUGGCGCCCAAGAGACAGCACACGACGAGCCCGAGUACAUCUCUGCGGCCAACUAUGUCUUCCCUGCAGCGCAAGUGGUGGAUGAUGAAGAUGGCGGCAGCGCAUGGCCGGCUACGACGUCGUACUCCAAUCAAGUCAACGAGUACGAAUACGAGUACGGUUGGAGCUUCCCAGGUGCGGACGUUGGAGGAUACGCAGGGCCUGGCGCUACGCCGUCACCAGAUCAAGGAGCCCCAGGCAUGAUGAAUGAGUACGGUGGUGCAGCGCCGGCGGCAGGGAUGCUACCGUUUGGUCAAGCAUCAUUCUCCGGCGAUGAGUCGUUCAUGGAUUUUGAGCUGCCGGAUCAGCAGGACUUGAACAUCGACGACGAGUUCAUGGAUUUCGAGCUGCCGGAUCGGCUGCACUUCAGUAUCGACGAGUUAGUUGGCUUUCUAGCCCCACCUGCUGGUUCGGAGGCACCUCUCCUUGAUCAGUAA